GGGCCUCUGCCUCAGCGGCCCCGCCCCCUCGCGCAACAUGGCGGCCAAGGUAUCUCAGCUGACGCGGAGCCGCUGCCGGGGCUGCCUUCUCGGGGCUCUGCUGGGCGACUGCCUGGGCGGCGACUUCGAGGCGCGGGAGUCGGUCAGCGCGGCCGAGCUGCUCCGCUUCGUGGUUGCCCUGCGGCCGCUGCAAGGACCGGCUGCCGAACCCGGCGAGGAGAGCGGCGGCGGCAGCAGCGGGGGCAAGUUGGAGGGCAGCCGUGUUUCGAACAUCCUCUAUUACAGCGAUGACACAGCCAUGGCCCACUCCAUAGUUAGGUCCCUGUUGGCCAAGCAAAAUUUUGAUGAAGUGGAUAUGGCAAAGAGGUUUGCUGAAGAAUAUAAGAAGGAUCCUGACCGAUCCUAUGGAGGUGGUGUGGUGACUGUAUUCAAGAAACUGCUUAGUCCUAAAUGCAGAGAUGUGUUUGAGCCAGCAAGGCAGCAGUUUAAUGGGAAAGGUUCCUAUGGGAAUGGUGGCGCCAUGAGAGUGGCUGGCAUUUCAUUAGCUUACUCUGACGUUCAAGAUGUAAAGAAGUUUGCUAAACUGAGUGCUGAGCUGACCCACGCAAACUCCUUGGGUUACAACGGAGCCAUCUUGCAAGCCUUGGCAGUCCAUUAUGCUCUCCGCGGGGAGUCAAAUCGGGAGAAGUUUUUGGAUCAGCUGAUAGGCCAGAUGGAAGACGUAGAGGCUGAUGAUAAGUCUGUGGCUGAUGCACAAAUGCUGGGCUACGAGGACCGUCCCUUCUCAAAGCGUUUAAAGAAGAUCAGAGAGUUUCUGGAACAGGGUUCUGUGUCCAGAUCGGACGUGUUACUAGAAUUAGGCAACGGCAUCCAAGCCCUGCAUUCUGUCCCCACUGCAAUCUACUCAUUCCUGCGUUGCAUGGAAUCUCACCCUGAUGUUCCUGAUAGCUACAACUCUCUGCAGCGGACCAUUAUGUACUGCAUCCUACUGGGUGGGGACACGGAUACGAUCGCAACCAUGGCAGGAGCCAUUGCAGGGGCGUUUUAUGGGGAAGAGCAGGUGCCCCAAAGUUGGAAAGAGAGCUGUGAAGCCUACGAGGAGACAGAGAAGCUGGCCGAUGGCUUGUACGAACUCUACCACCAGCCAGCUUUGAGCCAUGAAUGAGGAUUUGACACCCAGUAAUGAGGUCUGUGGUUUUGCAUCCAUGUUCCAAAGGAAGCGAACCGUGUCCACAAUAGGAGAGUCUCUGUUCCUCCGAAGAGUGCCCAGGCCAUUGCGAUUGGCUCCCUGCCAAAGGUUUCUGCUGUAGGUGCAUGUUCAGAAGUGCCCAUUCUUUUCAGCCGCAUAGUCACUGUUCACCCAUCCUUCUCUCCUUUUUGCUUUUUUGUUUCCUAAUUAUGAAAAUGUUGUAAUAACAUCGUAAUAACAUCUUGGUUAGAAUCUCUGCAGCCGAUUGGCUUCAUGACAGUUUCCCAAGCAGAUCCUCACUCCAGAAGACUUGAGAUUGGACUACCGUAUUUUUG